CAACAAAAACAUUUCAUUCGCAAAAAGGAAAAAACCCAGCAAAACUCCAAGUCACCGCAACAACAAGUUGUGAGAAGUGAAUCCAAGGAGUAGCAAAACAUGGAGGAGGAAAAAGCACCCUUAAUCGGAGAAAUCGAAGAAACAAGCCAAGUUUCCAACACCACCGAGAGCGAGAGGCAUGUUCGGACGAAGGUACCGGAGGUGGAGAUCCACUUGUUCCGGCAGGGUAAGGGUCCGGUGGCGGUGUUCAAAAUGAAUCUCGGUGGUUGGGAACAGGACCAGCUUGAGGUUCGUGAUAUUCUCGAUAAACAUGGAUUUAAGUCCCUCUACGCCUUCAACCCUCAAUUUCGUAGUCGCGGUGUUCCUGUUCGGUUCAACCCUCGCAAUGGAAGGUCGCUAUUGACUUAUAGGGAUGGUGUUGUUGUUUAUCUUGAUGGUGAACCUAAGGACUCACUAGUUCAACCAGUGACUAGGAUUUUAAUUGGGGUUGCUGUUGUAACCCUCAUGAUAACAAUACUUUCAAGGGAUACCCCAGAAUGGAUGAAGAAAUUAAACGUUUCUUCUGUAAACUUCCCUCCAUGGAUCUUAGCUUGUGUAGUUAUUGUCUUCACCCGCAUGAGGAAGAGAACUAAAGAUUUUCUGAAGAGGCGUGGUUGGUGAAUGGACUUGGGUUGAUGCUUUUCGGUAUGGUUUUUUGCACUUCUCUAAUGGCUUUCAAGUUUUGUCUAAGCUGACAAUUUUGGCAAUUAGUUAUAUCAUUUAUAAUGAUAUAGGCUAAUAAUAAGUGGUGGUACAUUUGAUGAUAUUGCCUGUGUAUAGGCUAUCUAUCAACAUAGUAUUUCUCCUUUUCAUUUUAUCGUUCCUGCUCAAAAGCAUAUGUGAUUACAGUGUAACCAUAAAAUUUAUAUCAUGUUCACAGUUUCAUUGUUAA